CUCCUUCUCUCUCUCGAAUGUCGAUGGAGAAAGGUUUGAUAUCAGUGGAUCGAUUCACCGAGUCAAGCCAGGCAUACUUCUUGACUCACUUACACACGGACCACACUCAAGGCUUGACCUCAAAAUGGGGAAAAGGUCCUCUCUUUUGCUCCAAACUAACCGCUAAGCUCCUACCUUUCAAGUUCCCUGAUUUCAACCUCUCUCUACUUCGCGUCGUCGAUCUUCACAUCUGGCAUUCCUUUUCUCUCAUCUCUCCGACCACCGGAUCUCAAAUCACCGCUCAUGUCAUGGCUGUCGACGCCCACCACUGCCCUGGAGGGGUCAUGUUUUUGUUUCGCGGGGAGUUUGGAUGCUUGAUGUAUACAGGGGAUUUUCGAUGGGAAGUUGAUAGUGAAAGGGCAAAGGAUGCGAGGAAUAAGCUGCUUAAUGUUCUCAAGAAUGAGACGGUUGAUGUUCUUUACUUGGAUAAUACGUAUUGCAAUCCGUCGUAUGAUUUUCCCACUCGAGAAGUUGCUGCUCAGCAGGUUGUUGACAUCAUUGCUUCUCAUCCGGAACAUGACAUCGUUAUUGGGAUUGAUACUUUGGGGAAAGAAGAGCUUCUAAUUCACAUUUCUCAUCUGCUUAACAUAAAGAUUUGGGUGUGGCCAGAACGUUUACAAACCAUGCAUCUUCUUGGAUUCCAUGACACAUUCACAACUAAAACUUCUCUAACAAGAGUCCGAGCAGUUCCUCGUUACAGUUUCAGCGUUGAAACCUUAGAGGGAUUAAACACAAUGCGGCCAACAAUAGGAAUCAUGCCAUCUGGUCUUCCAUGGGUGCUGAAACCUGUUAAAGGAGAUGGCAAUCUCUUCGGUUCUCUCUUAACUUCUCGUUACAAAAAAAGACAGCCAUCUGAUAAGCUGGACGGUAAUUUAGGAUAUGCUGAAAGGUAUCACCAGUACAUGUUUUCAGUUCCUUACUCUGAUCACUCAUGCUUUGCGGAGAUACAAGAGUUUAUUGAACUUGUCCAGCCAACUAACGUGAAAGGUAUUGUGUCUUCAUCAUCUUGUUAUGUUGACCCACUUUACUACUUCGGUCGCCUUUGUGGUGUCAACCAACCACCAAAGAGGUUCGUCUACAAGAACGAAGGGAAAAGGAGAGGUAAAAAAGAAGUUGUUGUAUCUUAUUUUGAAAGUGGUAGUUCUCCCAAGGCAGGAAGGAAAAAAAGCAGGCCAGUAAGAGUGGAUUAUAAAAGGGUUAAUGUAAGCAGAGCGAGCGCAUCAAGAAGAGUGCGCCGAGGGGCCAAAAUUGUGGAAAGUGACUGUUCAGAUUAAAAGUGUUAACUUUUGUGAUUGGGAGAAAUGCCAUCAAUGAAGCCGAGGAGGUGAGCGUUUAGGUUUUUAGAAAUCACUUUUCCAUACUCCCCUCUUCAUAGCAUUUACUUUUGAUCAUGUGCUGGUGCGUGCAUACACUUUCCAAGCAUGCAUAUAAUAAUAAGAAGUAGAGUUAGGAUAUUCAGGUGUUGAAAAAUUUCUCGAGUGAAUUUAGAAUCUUCUACUGUCUGUAUUUUUUUCUUGUCCUGUUCAAGCAUGUUGUAUCUGUUGUUCAAAAGAAAACAACCAUCAUGGCUAUCAGGUUUGGUGUUUCAAUAUAAUUUUUGCGUCUAUGGAUGAGGAUUUCAGAUCCGUUUUCUGCAAGCAUAAUGCUAUGCAUCCAGAGGAAAGAAGAAAAAGAAGGCGAGAUAUCAGAUCAUAAGUGGCUUGUUUCACAAUGUUAGUUAUACCACUUUUAUAAGUGGCUUGUUUCAGGCAGGGAGAGAUUUGGAAGCAAAAAAGCUUUUCAAGGAUAUGCGUGCCCAAAGCCAUUUCCCAGAUUUAAUGACCUACUCAACUUUGCUUGAUGGCUUAAGAAAACAAGGGUACCUUGAUCAAGUGUUGGGACUAUUUCGUGACAUGCAAAAAAGUUACUUGAAGCCUCAUGAUUUGGUGAUCUAUGAUAUCAUAAUCAUUGCCAUGUGCAGAUCUAGGAAGCUCAAAGAUGCAUUGGAGUUGUUUUCGGAACUCAGUCAAAGGGCUGCAGCCUGAUGCUCGGGCUUGGACAAUAGUAAUCAAAGGACUUUGCAGAGAAGGAUUGCUAGAUGAAGCAGACAAAGCUUUCAGACAAAUGGAAGAGGAUGACGGCCCACCAGAUAAUUGUUCUUAUAAUGUUUUUAUCUGAGGAUUUCUCCAGCACAAGGAUCCAAGGACAGUACAACUUAUCAGUGAGAUGAAAAGCCAAGGAUUCUCAGCAUAUACGCAAACAACAAAGUUGGUGGUAGAUGAUGAUCGUAUUCUCAAACAGUUGCUUGGAUUUGGUGAAGUACGUGUUUGGGACUAGCAUUUGAUUCUUGUGGGUUAUAAAUCGAUACAUGCGGGCUUAUGUGUCUGUCAACAUGUGUUUUGAUAGAUUUAAUUGAUGAAAGCUAUUCAAGUUUUCUCUUCAUCAUCCUAAUUAAGACGCCUCUUCUUCAACCAAAUAAGAAUAUUGGUAGAUUAGUAUUGAA